CCUUUGAAUGGAAUACAGCUUGUAAAGCAGAAAUGUCCGCCUCCGCUGUCGUUUAAGCAGCCUCCAGUAAACGUCUUGGGGCUCGCCUUUCCGACCGGAUCAGAAGGGUGCCCGGAUUUCAAAAUGCUCAUAAAAGAAUAUCGGAUUCCUCUUCCGAUGAGCGUGGACGAAUAUCGGAUUGCCCAGCUGUACAUGAUCCAGAAAAAGAGCCGGGAAGAGACUUGUGGCGAGGGCAGCGGCGUAGAGAUCUUGGAAAACCGACCGUACACCGAUGGCCCAGGUGGCAGUGGGCAGUUUACUCAUAAAGUAUAUCAUAUCGGUAUGCAUAUUCCCAGCUGGUUUCGGUCUAUCCUGCCAAAGGCAGCCCUCCGAGUGGAAGAGGAAUCGUGGAAUGCCUAUCCUUAUACGAGGACGAGGUACACCUGCCCGUUUGUGGAGAAGUUCUCCAUUGAUAUUGAUCCUAUCGAUAUUGUUAAAGACUCCGUCCCACCCCAUGAAUACAAAUCAGAGGAAGACCCAAAGGUGUUUAAAUCGGCAAAGACAGCCAGGGGCCCUCUGCCAGAAGACUGGAUCAAAGAGCACAAGAAUAACCCCGGGAAGUGUCCUAUCAUGUGUGCCUAUAAACUGUGUAAAGUGGAGUUCCGUUACUGGGGAAUGCAGUCCAAAAUUGAGCGCUUCAUUCAUGACGUCGGCUUACGGAAGGUGAUGGUAAGGGCUCACCGGCAGGCUUGGUGUUGGCAGGAUGAAUGGUAUGGACUCACCAUAGAGGACAUCCGGCAGCUGGAGAAGGAGGCCCAGUUGAUGCUGGCCCAGAAGAUGGCCCAGUUCAGCUUCAGCGAGCCUGAGCCAGAACCGCACCUUCCCCAAGACCCCCUGAACGAGCGCAAUGUGGAAACCAAGGCCAUAUCUCCAUCCACCGAGAUGGUGGAUGCUGCUAGCAAUAUUGACGAACCUUUGCCAGGGCGAGCGCUGACUAAGCAGUGGUCAACGUCUUCCAAAUCCUCUUCGAAAAGAGGAGGAGACCCCUGGAGCAAGCAGGGGACCCUCCUCGCAGGCCGGCCUGCGUGA